AUGGGCUGUGCGAGCUCGAAGAAAGCGGUUGCCGGAGGCGGUUUCACGCCGCCUGGGCCGCUCGAGGUGCGUUCGAGCUCGCGGAGGCUGCGCAAUGGAAAGUUGCGAAACGGCGUCGUGGAGGCGCGUGAGGGGGACGCGAGAUCGGAGGAGGUGAAGGAGGGGAAGAAGGGGAGCUUGAGAUGUUCGGUGUCGUUGAGGUUUUCGGGUAGGUUUGUGGAGGCUGAGCAAAAUGCUGCUGGGUGGCCACCUUGGCUUACCUCUGUUGCCGGUGAAGCCAUUCAAGGGUGGGUCCCUCUCAAAACCGAUUCUUUUGAGAGAUUGGAUAAGAUUGGACAAGGUACAUAUAGCAAUGUAUUCAAAGCACGUGAAGUUGAAACUGGGAGGAUGGUUGCCCUGAAGAAGGUGCGUUUUGACAAAUUUCACGCCGAGAGCAUUAGGUUCAUGGCGAGAGAAGUAAUAAUUCUUCGUGCACUUGACCACCCAAACAUCAUGAAAUUGGAGGGUAUAAUUACUUCACAACAAUCGAACAGCAUAUAUUUUGUAUUUGAAUACAUGGAGCAUGACCUUGCUGGCUUAUUAGCUUCUCCUGAUAUAAAGUUCAGUGAGCCACAGAUAGCAGAUUUUGGAUUAGCAAAUACCAUUUGUCCAGAUAGUAAGCAAUCCCUAACAAGUCGAGUGGUGACUCUAUGGUAUCGUCCUCCUGAGCUCUUGAUGGGAUCAACAAAUUAUGGAGCUUCGGUGGAUCUAUGGAGUGUGGGCUGUGUAUUUGCUGAACUUUUUCUGGGGAAGCCCAUCCUUAAGGCCAGAACUGAGGUUGAACAAUUACACAAAAUUCUCAGGCUUUGUGGGUCUCCACCUGAUGAGUACUGGAAAAAGUGUAAGCUUCCUCUGGCCGCAAUGUUUAAGCCUCAGAUUAAUUACGAAAGCUGCCUUAGAGAGAGGUGUAGAGAUUUUCCUGUAACUGCUGUAAACCUAAUUGAGACUUUACUUUCCAUUGAUCCCUCCAAGCGUGGGACUGCCUCCUCUGCACUCAAGUCUGAGUAUUUCACCACCAAGCCAUAUGCUUGUGAUCCAUCACUCCUGCCAAAGUAUCCACCAAGCAAAGAAAUGGAUGCCAAAAAUCGGGAAGAAAGCAGGAAAAAGAAUGGAGGUAAGGGGAGAGAGGCUGUAACUUCAAGGAGGCAUAGACGAGUCCACAAAGUUGCCCAUGACCAUAUCAAUUUCUCCAAGUCAGCUUUGAAAGAGGAAAUGCAGAAUAUUUCUCAAAUUGCUGGUACAGAUGAUGGUUGGCCAACUGUUGCAAAAGUUAAUAAAGAGCAACCAAAGCCUUCAUGUGAUGCAAAGUCAGAGGCUGCACAACUGGUGAAUGGUUGCAAUGGAUACGGUGUACACUCUGGACCAGGACCAGCACCAGUAUCAGCAUCCAGUGGCUUUACAUGGGCUAAAAGAAGAAAACCAGAAGCUUCAUUCAUAUCGUCUGAUGGAUCAAGAAGCAAAAUCAGUGGUCUGGAUCCAACUUUUGCAAAAGGCACAUAUGAUUUAACAAAACAUGGGAUAGAAGUUUCAGAAAGGAAACAUAUUUUCAACACAAGGAAUCAGGAUAGGACUUCCAACUAUGUAUUGCCAAAAUACCAUGCUCCUCGCAUCCAACAAAAGUCAUUCGAUUUAGCUGAUACAUGCGACUCAAAUUAUUACAUGGAAUUUGAUUUCAUAGAUAAAUUGGAUGCUCUGUUGGAUCAGGACCACAGAAAAAAUGGUGAGCCUGUGAAGCAGUCAGCACCAAAAAUGAUUGCAUCAAAUAAAAAUUAUGAGUUCUUGCAUUAG